AAAGGCGGCCGCGAGGCUGUUUUUUUCAAUCUCUGGGUCUGGCGCCAUCUUGUCUUUGGUCGGAUUCUGAGGAGAAACAGCGUCGUGUCGCCGUCAGGCCCCACCUCAACCGCCACCAUAUUUGCCAUGUCGAGAGAUCGUUUUCGGAGCCGCGGCGGCGGCUUCCACCGGCGCGGCGGCGGCGGAGGCCGCGGCGGCCUCCCGGGCAACCAUGACUUCCGUUCGCCGCCGCCAGCCAUGGGGAGCGGCAUGGGGCAAUCGCGCGGCGGCCACCACCAUAUCGGCGGCAGCGGCCCUGCGAAGCCGGAGCCUCCUAAGCCGCCGAGCUCGACCUCCACCCCACCUUCCUCCGCGGCCUCUGUUUCCUCCAGCCCGGCAGCCUCGUCGCCUUCCUUGGGGCCGAACCAGAACCAGAUCGGCGCGCCGCCCGCCACCUCAUCCUCCGCCUCUUCCAUCGCCACACCGAGUUCGGUCUCCGCGCCCGCCGCUCCCUCAGGGCUCCAGAGCGGCGGCCGAGGCGGGGAAACGCAACCGCCGCAGCAGCAGCAGAGUAACGCGCCGCCGAACCAAAGCUCUGGGCAGGGCGGCUCCAAGAAAGGACCCGGCCCGUCUCCCGGAGGAGGGGGAGGACCCAUCGGUGGCCUGAAAGGAGGCCCCGGAGGGCCCCAGCCAGGAGGCGGCCCCAAGAGUGGCGGCGGGCCUGGGCAGCAACACCGCGGCGGCGAAAGGCGCGGAGGGCAGAGCCAGCACCAGCACCCGUCUCAGCACCAGCACCCGCCUCCGUCGCAGCAGCAGGGCGCCGGGGACGAGAAGAUUUCCGACACUGAGGGUUUUAAAGCAAAUCUGUCCCUUUUGAGACGCCCUGGAGAGAAAAAAUAUACUCAGCGCUGCCGGCUGUUUGUUGGGAAUUUGCCUGCUGAUAUCACCGAAGAUGAGUUUAAGAGAUUAUUCGCCAAAUAUGGUGAACCAGGGGAAGUCUUUAUUAACAAGGGAAAAGGUUUUGGCUUUAUUAAACUGGAAUCUAGAGCUUUGGCUGAAAUUGCAAAGGCAGAACUUGAUGAUAUUCCUAUGAGAGGAAGGCAGCUUCGUGUGCGUUUUGCCACCCAUGCUGCUGCUCUUUCUGUGCGUAAUCUCUCCCCAUAUGUGUCAAAUGAAUUGUUGGAAGAUGCUUUCUCUCAGUUUGGUCCAAUUGAAAGAGCUAUUGUGAUAGUAGAUGAUCGUGGCAGAUCCUCAGGAAAGGGCAUUGUGGAAUUUGCAUCUAAGCCUGCAGCGCGAAAGGCAUUUGAACGUUGUACUGAAGGUGUCUUUCUUCUGACAACCACUCCUAGGCCAGUUAUUGUAGAGCCCCUUGAACAGUUGGAUGAUGAAGAUGGUCUUCCAGAAAAGCUGGCUCAGAAAAAUCCAAUGUAUCAAAAGAUUUUUAGGGAGAGAGAAACUCCACCACGAUUUGCGCAACCUGGAAGUUUUGAGUAUGAAUAUUCUCAACGGUGGAAAUCCUUGGAUGAAAUGGAGAAACAGCAGAGAGAUCAAGUAGAGAAAAAUAUGAAAGAUGCCAAGGACAAACUGGAAAGCGAGAUGGAGGAUGCUUAUCAUGAGCAUCAGGCAAACCUUUUACGCCAAGAUCUCAUGAGACGUCAAGAGGAACUGAGACGCAUGGAAGAACUUCACAAUCAAGAGAUGCAGAAACGAAAAGAAAUUCAAUUGAGGCAAGAAGAAGAGCGACGUAGGCGGGAAGAAGAGAUGAUGAUCCGUCAACGCGAGAUGGAAGAACAAAUGAGAAGACAGAGAGAAGAAAGCUACACUCGAAUGGGUUAUAUGGAUCCUAGAGAAAGAGACAUGAGAAUGGGCGGUACCAGUGCAAUGAACAUGGGAGAUCCCUAUGGUACAACUGCUCAGAAAUUCCCACCAUUAGCAGGUGGCACUGGCCUUGGUUAUGAGACCAAUCCCGGAGUUGGACAAACAUCUAUGAGUGGCACUAUGAUGGGAAGCGAUAUGCGCCCUGAGCGAUUUGGACAGGGAGGUGCGGGGCCUGUAGGUGGCCAGGGCCCUAGAGGAAUGGGGCCUGGAACUCCUGCAGCUUAUGGGAGAGGGAGAGAAGAAUAUGAAGGCCCAAACAAAAAACCCCGAUUUUAGAUGUGACUUGUAGAUUUUUCAUUCCAGUUUGUUUUAUUUGUCUUGUUUAGACACUACUUUUUUUUUUUGAUUCUUGCAUUUUAGUAAGAAAGCUACGUUUUUAUGGAUGUUAGAAACUUAAAAUGACUUAGAAUUUGUAAGUGGUCUGGGCAAAAACAAGUCUAAUUAUGUAAUGCAGUGUUCAAAACUUAGCUUUUUUGAUGUAUAACGUCCCUACCUUGAUGGCAAUGUACCGUGUGCCAUAUGAAAUCCCAAGUGUAAACUUUUUUUACUGUGCUUAAAAUAAAUAGUCUAUACGUAGCAAGAUUCUUUUAUCAUACAUUUCUGAGCAUAGAGGGCAAACACUUUCAAAAGGCAAUGCAUUUCUUGAAAUCUGGAGUGUUGCACAAUAUAUGUGGCUGGGAUGAUUCCAGGCCAUCAAGUCUAAAAUACCUGUGCAAUUUUAAAAUCUACUUGAACUUCAAUAUUUAAUAUCACAAUGAAGUCUUACCCUUAGAAAAAGCUGACAAUUCUGCAAAACUUUGACUAUAAUUAUUCAAGACUACAUAUUUGAAAUUUUAACUUCCUUACAAUGAGGGCGCAAACUGGGUUUUGGUGAAAUAGAUCUUUAAUUUAAUAAAUGAUGUAGUUCAGUUUUGAACAAGGAGGUGGGAAGGGAAGGAAAUGGGUAAGGGCACAUAAUCCAAUAGUACUGGCUGUUGUCUCCAAAGGGCGCUUCCAUGCCAGCUGUUAUAAAUCAUAGCAUGACUUUAUGUUAUUUAGCAUCUCAUUCUUUUAAUAAGACUCAAAAUAUGAGAUCUAGUUGAUCUAUUUCACUUCUAAUUCUUUUUCCUAGUUAAGCCUUUUAAGUGCCCACUGGACAUUUCCUUAACAGAAUCCUUGAUGAUUGAAUAUAUCUAUUGAAAUUGCAAUCCAAAUAUUGAAAGGAAUCAUUUUUUCCCUUGAUUUUCACCAGCAUAAUCUUGAUCCAAAAGGUUUGAGCAUUGGGGGACAAAACUUCACUUAAAUGCAGAAAUGAAAUAUCCUUUGAAGUUUCAGGAUUAAAAUAGUAAAUCUGUUAGAUUAAAGCCUGACAUACAGAAAUCUAAGCAUCAUUAAAAAUUGAAAGGUCUUUUUUCUUGGACAACAUAGUAUCAACUUGUGCUGUUGACUUGGUAGGGUUGAAUCAUUUUAUAUUUAUUAAAAUGCUGUAAGACGUUAAGCUGUCUUGGACUCUAUACCCCUCGUACCUAAAAUAUUGGGUGGACAGUUUCCUGGUAUGGAAAAGGUACAAUGGCUUGAUAAAAUGAAGAUGAACCAGAUCAGAGAACGUUCUGUGAUUAAGUUGGGUUUUUUUAUUCAAUAACUUGGGGUGCUUUAAAUCUUUUUAAAUAAGGGUGGGGAAUUUUUUCUGCCCUCAUGGGAAGCCAUUUUAUAUCUCUUUCAAACAGUUACUCUGGGUAAUGUUGCAUUUACUCUACCUUUUCCCCCCAGAAGAUUGUUGAGAGGGGGGCAUAAAACCUUUGGCAAGUCAGUACUGAUUACUUGCAGGCAACCUGUUUUGGCUGGUUUUUUUCCUUUCAACUGUUGACACUUUCUCUGUGCUACUACCUCCAGUAGCUUGGGAUAACCAGAAUGCCAUAUGUGAUCCCCCAUCCCUACUUUAAAUGUCCUAAAGCUGAGGAAGAAUCAGUUACCUGUAAGCCGCUUAUAACUGCAGCGUAUGAAACUUCACUGCCAUCAGUUAUUACGUAUUUUCAUUCUGCAAAAUGGAUUGACUCAAAAGCUUGUGCUGUGCAAGCUUUUUGAAAACCCAAGAAAUGAUAAACAGCUGACAUUCAAGGUUGCUGGACUGCCUCUCAUUUAGUGUUGUGGUUGAAUUGAGCUAUAUUCUCAGAAGCUUCAAGAAGUUACCAUCCAAGGGGAAAGAACACCCGCAGUUCUCUUGCAUUGACUUCAGAUGUAGAGAAACCCUUGGGAUACAAAUGUGGACGUUAACUGUAUCCUGGGCUGCGUACAGCUCAGUUCUUCUUUUCUCAAGGAGGUGUUCAUGGACACCCACUGUAGGAAACACCAAGACUGACAGUGGUGGGGAAAUGGAAUGGAAACUAAUUUUCAGUUUAUUUUUCAGAUUACAUGCCAUUUUUCCUUAGGAUGCUGGCACAUAUCCUAAACCAUGUUCUUUUGUAGUACUGUAAUCUUGGAAGAGUGAAGGAAGCUGAUGGUCCCAUUUCCUUCCUAAGGUUCAUCUCUUGUUUACAUUUUGUCUAAGCUAGGCUGAUAUUAAAAUGGGAAGGAAAUGUUGAGGGGCCGAUGUAGAUUUUUAACACUUUAUUGGACUACUGUUGCCAAACGUCCUUAUAUAAAAUACGCACAGUAGUCUUGACGUCAAAGGAUAACAAACAGGCUGAUCCCUCAGUAGCAAACCAAUUGUUGGGGAGUUUUCAUUGAAUUGAAUGUUUCAUCUUUUUAGCUUUUCCUAAAUGGAUUUAAAUAUUUAGACUUAAGUGAUGAUGCCUUUUGAGCAGAAACAUAACUAUUCUACUUCUGCAUGCCAUUAAGCUUUUAGGUCAUGCAUAAGUUACCCCAAUUCAAGGGUCUACCCAUGUUUAACAAUCAUAGCAUGCUAUAACCACAUCCUUAUUAGUUGUAAUAAAUGAAUUUCUGUUUCUGUGCGUAUUUUGUGGUAUAUUUGUUUUUAAAAAGUUCUUGGCAUCUCCUUGGCAACCACUUGUGGCAGCAUGCUUUUCUCUGGAGUUUGAGACUGCAAUAUGACACUGAUUAAAAGUAGUGGCCUGCUAUGUAACUGCACUUAGACAGCAUUUCCGCAGUGCAUAACUGUGAGGAACGUAGUACCACAAGUGGCAAUGGACAUUAGCACCUGGAUGUAGUAUUCCUGCUUACUCCAAGAUUCUCAUUGUCGCCUGCAUACAGGUAGGUAAAAAGAACUAUAAUCUAACUUGGUGACUUUCUGUGUAAUCUUGCUAUGGGGGUAUUCUGGCAUCACACUACUGACAGUGGGAUUUCAGUGCAGCACUUCUCAUACUGUAUGGUGCUUAGUUUUGAGGCCUAACUUGGCAAUCAGCAUUAGGCAAGCUGACUAAUGAUGCUGACACUUGUGCCUCAGACCCGUGAUUUCUUCGUGCAUAUGACUUGUUUCUUUCUUCACUGUGACAAAGACAUUUUUAGAGAGUUUGAUGGGAGGGGAAAGUGAGUUCAAUCUAUGCAUAAUUUUACUGCUCAUGGUCUCCUUCAUUGUGUAUAAGAAUGAUUGCUUUUAGUUCAUACUAGCUAUAUAUGAAAAGUUGUAUGAAAACUCUUCAUUUAUCAGGCAGAUAAAUGCAUUGAUAUUUUUCCCUUUUUAAUAGUAGUGACUGUUAAGUUUGAGGUAGUAUUGAAGUAGUAUUUUGUAACUAUAGUGUCAAGUUAAUAUAAUAUGGGUGGCCGGCUGUGGGAGGAUGACUGUAAUAACGUAAAAAAAUAAUAAUUGAGAGCUCCCCUUACUCUAAUCCAUGCAUCUUACCAAAAAGUAUAGGUUACUUUGCUUACUACUUGAUGGGAAAAAAAUAGGGUUUUAUAUCUAAUGUAGUGGAUGAAUAAAAAAUAGGAUUUUAUAUAUCUAAUGUAAGUUGCUCUCCAGAACUAUUGGCUUUGUUGUGCUAGCUAGGUCUAUCUUAUGUGUCUUGAAAGCAAUUCAUAACAUUUGGCUCUUGAUCAAUUCAUUAGAUACAGCAAUGCUCAACUUAAAACUGAAGUGCAGUUCUGUCAAAUUUCAUGUUUCAAUAUGCUUGAAGAAAAAAAGACUGCUUCGUGAACAGGAUUCAGCAGUGAAUCUUUUAACAGCCAAGUAAUGGAUUGGAGUUCCUAGUCUUUUGUACCUGGGUGGUUUGCAAGAGAAGAGUGUUUUUUUAAAGUCCCUUGUCAGUAUGAACAGUAGACAUACUGAGAGAAGGUGUACUUUAAAUCCUAUGAACAGCAUGUUCACUGUGGGACUCGUUAUAUUCUAAGUUGGAUAUUCCAAGUAGUGGUAUAACGAACUCAGUAAAUAAGUAUGUUUGCUGUAUAAUUGGGCUGCAGAUAUAUUCAACCAUAGUAACUAUUCAGUUUCAACCAAUAUGCCAAUGGCUUAAUUGAAGUGUGGGGAUUAUCUCUUGACAUAAGUGAAUUUUUAGUAAACAGGUGAAUUGGACUCCAGUUUCUUAUGUAUAUGAUUAACUGCAGUUGUAAAGAAAAAUACAUUAAGUCUUUAAGGGCAGUAACUGAUCAAAACAUAUGUUAAGUAUGUAAGUGGCAUGAGAAAUAACAAAAAGUGCGUGCAUUGUAUUCCAUGUUAAGCUUUUUUGUUCUGGUCUUUGAUUUCCCCUUUGCAAAACUGACUUCAGAGCUCAGAAGUGUGAUGCCAGAAUACAUUAUGCGUACUCUGCUAGGUUCUCAGUUCCGGUUACUAGUGCUGUGUGAGGGCAGAAACACUUUCCUAACAUUAUUGGGGGAGGGGAGGCUUUGUUACAGUAUGGAAAAGCUUCUAUUGGCUGAAGCUCUGCCCCCAAGACUAGGAAACACCUAAGCAGCCAGGGGGCUGAAACUGCAAGUAACUUCAAGCGGCUGAUCAGGAAGGCCUGUGAUAACUUCUAAAAUUGGAGCCCAACGUGAAGAGAUUGUGCUUUUUUAGGUUUGUUUGGACCAUUGGUUGUUUUCCACCAUCACAGCUAGCAAGGUUGGAAUCAACAGGUCAGUUGCAGAUCUGUCUUUAUGCUACUUGCUGGGCUUAAGCAAAUGCUGCAAGAGAGGGGGGCCUGGGGGAGGGGGAGGAGAAGAGGGAGGCAUCUCCCAUUUUGUUUGUUCCAUUAGCAACUGUUUGUGGAAGCCCAAUGGUGGUGUAUUACCAAUCCUCCCCCCUCAGAAAACUUUGACAUUGAAUAUUGGCACAAUGAAAUGUGGGAAGGGAUGGCUGCAGACAAAUAGCUAGAGAGAAGAAAUAUUAUUUGUAUUCCUAAUAUAACCUUUUGUUUUGCAAAAGUAAUAAAUCAAGAUGUGGUUUUGAAACUGGCACAUUGGCUGGCUUGGCAGUGUUACAAGGGCCAUUAAGAAUUAGUUGCAGGUGGAAAGGUUGACCUUUCACUUUAUGCCCUUAAUAAGAACAUUUGAAAAUGGCUAGGGACAGCCACAGGGCGGGAAAUCUGUAGUCUACAAGCAAAUUCUUCUCUGUCUUGUAAAGAUUCAGAAAGCUUUGGCUUGUCCUUCAAUUACCGGAAAAGAUUAUUUGCUUUAUGGGGUGGUAAGGGGGUGCAUGGCAGCAAUUCAGAGAUGCAGUUAAAUAGCUGAAUGCAAUGGCUUUGCACUUGCACCUAAGGGGCAGUGUACCUCUGGCUGCAACUGUCCUUCUAAUUAGGCAGCAUCUGUUCCAAGGGGCAGUUCAGGGUUAAGUCUUAAGAGUAGUUGCAAUUGCUCACUAUCCUAUGUUUCAGUCUUUGGAAUAAAAUAUUCAUUUCCUUCUUGUGCCCCUUGCUACCCAAUUACUAUUAGUAGCUUUUGUAAAAUUCCCCUCAAUUUUACAAGUUCACAAGUUGCACUUAAUAUUUAAACUUAAUUUUGUUUUCAGAAAUAUUUCAGUCUAUUUUCCCCUACUAACUUUAAUUCUUAUCCUUUAGGUGAAGAUAAUAUCAGCUGGAUGAAAUUAGAACACUCCCAUAUAAGUUGACCAAUAACCAGUAUAUGCCCACACAACUGAAUGUUGUAGAAAGGAGAAGUCUGCAAUACGUAGGAGAAGGAUACAUUUGAUUGAAAAAAGGAGUCCAAGAAUACAGCAGCACUUUCUUGAAAUCUUCAAUAAACUAUUCAGAAACACAA